GAUGGACUCAUCCAAGGUAAAUAGCAGAAUCACGUGCUUACGAGCCACGAAACAGUGGCGGUGCACACCAUCCCACUUUUCCUAGGCUUCGAGACCGAGACCCUUUCUCACCGCCCGCAACCAACCCUCGUUUUCCACGCCUCAAGUGAAUACCUCCCACUCCAACUUUUCGUCCAAAAAUCUACCUCGUAACACACGCUACACUCAAGAUGCCUUCAGGACAGGGAGCGGGUACCAACCCCAUUCACAACAAGAAGCCGAAGAAGAAGGCUGCCGAGCUCGACGAGGAUGACAUCGCACACAAGAACAAGCUCGCUGCCGACAAGAAGGCGCGCGAGGAACUUGCCAAGACGGUCGGCAAGGGCAAGGGCCCACUCAACACGGGAUCCCAGGGUAUCAAGAAGUCUGGCAAGAAAUAAGCGCUGGGCUUGACCUGACGAGCGAGAGACGGAAGAUAUGGGCAUGACGAUUCGAUAUGAGAUACCACUGACUAGGGGCCGCUUGUUGGCGAGAGCGGGUUGAUAUAAACGACGAUAAAUGCAUGGGAUAAGCCACCAGUGACUCUUUUGUGACUUUUAGAGCCAUGUUUGGUCGAGCUGCAUGAGUGCCGUUCUGUCGUGAUGGCGUGAGGCCGCACUGGGACGCUAAUUUUGGUUUCCGCUAGACGCAGUCGGAUCCAGUGUUGAGAAGAUAUUUGUGCAGACUAGUCCUCGAUCAAUCAAGUCGGUUGUUCGUUAUUCUCCAUGCUACGUUUGCGGCACUUGUUGGUUUAAACAACCGUCUUAAUUAUUAGACUCAACCAGUGAAUUAUAUAACCCCAAGUUUUCUCAACACCACACCUCCUCUUCCUCCCAACA